AUGCACACCGCCCCGGCCUCAACCUCGGCCCCGGCUCCGGCCAUCACAGCCUCGCCGCUGGCCCAUCUCCCUCUCCUGCCCUUUGAAAACAUUACCGUUUUGCUAGCCGAUCCACGCCAAGACGACCCCGGCUGGACCCCACACGAUGAUGAGGAGCUUGAGCACCUCAAGGAGGCCCUCUCAGGCAUUCCUAACGUCACCAUGAGCUGGCUCGAUACCCAUGCCACCCUUCUUGAACGCUUCAAAUCCCAGCCUCCGGCUUUUAUCUUCAACUUGUGUGAUGAAGGCUACAACAACGUCAAUGAAUGGGAGCCCUACCUACCCGCCCUGAUGGACAUGCACGGCAUCCCGUACACGGGCACCGGUGCCAUUGGCCUCACCCUCUGCCGCGACAAGUGGCUCGUCGACUCGGUAGCCAAGGCAUUAAACAUUGCUGUUCCUUUUAGCCAUGUCUUUGAGCCCAACCACCAAACCGUGAACGAGUUUAUCGAGACCCACGUCUUCACCUUUCCCGUGAUUGUCAAGCCCCGUUGUGGUGAUGGAAGCACAGGCAUCACCAGCACUUGCAUUUGCAAUUCCACCCAAGAGCUCGCGGCCCAUCUGGAGGACCUUGGUCGGCAGGAGGAGCUGGCGUCCCUUGCCAUGUUGGUGCAGCAGUUUCUUGCGGGCCGUGAAAUCACCGUGGCUUGCCUCGGAAAUCCAGACUCGGGCGACUUUCGUGUGUUGCCCAUCCUGGAGCUCGACUAUACAAAGCUGCCCCCAGAUGCCCCCAAAAUCCAGCUCUACGAUGCCAAACGUGGCAUGGCUCCUGAAUUUUGGGAACAGGUCGCUCACAUCCAUGCCCAAUUUGAUGAUGCCACUCAAGCUUUGAUUGAAGACCAUUGCGCGAAAAUUUUUGACGCCUUGUCCCUGCAAGACUAUGCCCGCAUCGACUUUCGCUUCGAUGACAGUGGGACCCCUCACCUCCUGGACGUCAACCCCAAUUGCUGGAUCGGCGGCAAGUUCCGCCGAGCGGGCCAGUUGGCUGGCCUCGAAUGGCCGCACCUCCUCGAGUCGGUCGUUCGCGCUGCUUGGACUCGCCACCAGCGGCGACCCGAUGCUGCCGCCCUGACGGCCCGCGUGCUACAACGCGACGCUCCGACCAAAGACCCCCAGGCCAUUCUGGGGCAGACGCUCAAGCGUCUGCAACAGCCCAACACCGUAUCCGAUGCUGACUUGGCCACGGUCGUCAACGCGCUAGCCACAGCGGAUUUCACCUCACAGCAGCACAUGCUCGAUACCCUCGUGAGCUACAGCGCAGCCCGCCAGGAACAACUGCGCAUUGACCUGCCCGAUCCCCCCAUUGCUCGCCGCAGCGAUGGUCCCGACGAAUAUGCGUGGAUGCAAGCCACCUCUAGUGAGGAGUUUCAAACCUUGAUUGAUGACGAAUAUGACUAUGCUGAGGAAGUCAUGGCCCCCACUGCCGACUUUCAGGAGCAAUUGGUUGCAGACAUGCUCCAGCGCAUGCCCACCCGCCCUCCCUUUGCUUUUGACAUCAAAGACCACAUCUAUUUCAGCAUCCAAGACUCGGCACGCCACAGCAUGAUACACGGCCGCUUGGCUACGCAAAGCAUCAGCACUGCCCGUGAGGCCCUCGCCCGCGCUUCGGACGACUCUGACACGCGCCGUGCCCUAAUUGAUCUUGGCGCCACCGUUCUCCUGGAUGAAGCGCAGUACGCGGCCGAACACAACUUUGAUUUUUGCGAUUUUGGCCAGAUUAUCUUGUCUCCACAAGGCCAAUACUUUGGUUACACGGUCGAUGAUCAGGGCGAGGAAUGCUACAAGCUGCACAUCAUCAACGUUGAUUCACUGGAGCCUGUGACGGUUAUCGAUGACGUCUCUGCCGAAUUCUUCUUCACCCAGGACGGUCAGGGGGUCUUCUAUUCUGGUAUCGGCGAGACGAUGCCCAAUUCAGUAUUCUUGCAUCAGCUACACGGCAAUGUUCCGCCCCAGGUCGUUUUCCAAGAGACGGAUGCCGCCUUUGCCGUAACCUUACACCAGUCCAGCGAUGGCAAUUACCUGAUUAUUGACUCGGCCUCCCAGAGCACAUCAGAGUGCCUGCUCCUGCCGACUGACCUCAAUGUGCGCUUGGGAGGAGCAGCUGCAUGGCUGUGUGUCGUGUCGCCUCGCACCCAGGGUGUCAACUAUACGUGUGACGUGGCCGGAAAUACCCUUUUCAUGCGCACCAACCGCGGUGAUGCAAAGAAUCAUCAGCUGGAGGCCGCCACAUGUUACUUGCAGGGCGAUCGUAUUGCGCUGGGUGACUUUUCCGUUUGCAUGGCGGCGCGCGAGCACGUUCAGCUGCAGGAGGUCAUUGCGUUGGAUGGCUACGUGGCCAUGGUUGAGCAGAGCUAUGCCGCCAAGCAGAUUCGCCUCAUGCAUUUCACCCAAGAAGAUGGUGUCGUCGUCGUCUCUUUUGACCAUUACAUCAGCUUUCCGCAUCUUAUCUACUCAUUCUGGUCCAUCACGGGGGGCUGCGACCCCAUGCGCCCGGGCCGCGGCCUGCUCCUUCCUUCUCAAAAAGCCGAGAAUGUGCGCCUGAUGACAUUGUUCUACUCGAGCCCCAUUUGCCCGACCCAGUUGCUCACGUACGAUCCUGACACCCGACGCUUUGAUAUCAAAUUUGCCUCGUCCGUGAUCAACUUUGAGGCCUUCCGCUAUAAGGAGCGCCGCCUGACUGCCAUCAGCCAGGACGGUACCCAGGUGCCCAUUUCUUUGAUCUACAAUCAAGCCAUUCAUACAGAAAAACCACGCAAUCAACCCUGCGUCCUGUAUGGCUAUGGUGCCUACGGCUCAUCUGUCGAGCUCAACUUUUCACCCGCUGUCCUGUCUCUUUUGGACCGGGGUGUGGUCUACGCCGUAGCCCACGUGCGGGGUGGCUCGGAGCUUGGCGCCACAUGGUAUUUUGAGGGUCGCCGUGAGCACAAGAAAAAUAGCUUUUUUGACAUGAUCGCCUGCGCCGAGCAUCUGGUCACCAGCGGCAUUACAUCCAAGAGCAAACUGGCCUUGACAGGCCGGUCAGCGGGUGGUCUGUUGGUUGGUGCUGUUUUGAACAUGCGACCUGAUCUAUGCGCGGCAGCCCUUCUGAAGGUUCCUUUCUUGGACGUGGUGACCACGGUGCAAGAUGCCUCGGCACCAUACACUGCCUAUGAGUACGAAGAAUGGGGCGAUCCUGAGGACCCCAUCAUGAUGGGCUACAUGCGCAGCUACUGCCCCUACACAAACCUUCGUCCCGGCAAGACGUAUCCCUACGUCAUGUGUGUAACCGCAACCAACGACAACCUGGUCAGCGUAGCACAGCCUACCAAGUGGGUGCAUCGUCUGCGUCAAGUCAAGGGGGACUGGAAGCCUGUCCUUUUGCGCGCCAACUCGGGCGGACAUAUGGGGCAGACAGGCUUGGAUCAUUACCAUGACUUGGCUUUUGAGCAUGCAUUCUUGCUACAACAUGUGGCCCCUGAGUUGGGCGUGCGCCAGCUUCGCGAAAUCCAACCGCGCAAGCCCCAUGGACGUGCGUCAGAGGCUCGGCGCCCACGCUCCGGUACCGCCAAGAAGUAUCCCGUUGUGCGCUUCCAACCACAAUGGAGCUCGGCAUAG